AUGCAUACUAGAGGCAAACCUUACAAAUGUAAAGAAUAUGGCAAAUCAUUUAUCACAAGUUCAAUCCUUAGACCACAAACAAGAUCCAUGCAAGAGGCUAACAUGAUAGGUCAUACAGCAGAAGGCACUCAGAAAGCCAAAAUAUUUACCCAGACACCAAAUAUUCAAGCUCACCAAAGCAUCCAUAAAGGAGACAAACCUUACAAAUGUAAAGAAUGUGGGAAAUCUUUCUCCUGUUUCUCAAGGCUUAAAGUUCACCACAGAAUCCAUACUGGAGACAAACCUUACAAAUGUAAUGAAUGUGGAAGAUCCUUCUCCCUUUCUUCAUGUCUUAGAGUUCACCACAGAAUCCAUACAGGAGACAAGCCUUACAAAUGUAAUAAGUGUGGUAAAUCAUUUACACAGUCCUCAGAUCUUAAAAUUCACUACAGAAUCCAUACUGGUGAGAAACCUUACAAAUGUAAUGAAUGUAAGAAAUCCUUCACACGCUCUUCAAAUCUAAGAGCUCACCAUAGAGUCCAUACAGGAGACCAACCUUACAUAUGUAAUAAGUGUGGUAAAUCAUCAACACCGUCCUCAAAACUUCCUAUUCACUACAGAAUCCAUACUGGUGAGAAACCUUACAAAUGUCAUGAAUGUGGGAAAUUCUUCACCCGUUCUUCAAAUUUAAAAGUUCACUACAGAAUCCAUACUGGAGAAAAACCUUACAAAUGUAAUGAAUGUGGGAAAUCCUUCACCCAUUCCUCAACUCUUAAUGUUCAUCAUAGAAUCCAUACAGGAGACAAACCUUACAAAUGUAAUGAGUGUGGCAAAUCAUUUACAAAAUCCAUACAACUUAAGGGUCACUACAGAAUUCAUACUGGAGACAAACCUUACAAAUGUAAUGAAUGUGGGAAAUCCUUCAGCUGUUCUUCAAAUCUUAAAGUUCACCACAGCACCCAUACAGGAGACAAACCUUACAAAUGUAAUAAGUGUGGUAAAUCAUUUACACAGUCCUCACAACUUCAUGUUCACUACAGAAUCCAUACUGGUGAAAAACCUUACAAAUGUAAUGAAUGUGAGAAAUCCUUCACACAUUCUUCAAAUCUAAGAGCUCACCAUAGAAUCCAUACUGGAGACAAACCUUACAAAUGUAAUGAAUGUGGCAAAUUUUUCACCAGGUCUUCAAGUCUUAGAGUUCACCACAGCAUCCAUACUGGAGAGAAAACUUACAAAUGUAAUGAAUAUGGAAAAUCCUUCACAUAUUCCUCAAGUCUCAGAGUUUACCACAGAAUUCAUUCGGAAGUCAUCGUGCGGAUUUAA